UAUCUAAGCCGAUCAAUUGUGAUAUUAAAUAGCCGCAAUGCUGAGAUCCGUGUGCCUUAUUCUUGUUCUGCAGACCCUGUUGUUGGUUCAGGCUGAGACCCCUGCCUAUAUCAAACAGUGCCGUCGAGAUGACCCAAAGCUGGUGGACUGCUUCAUUGGGGCCAUCGAACACCUGAAGCCCUACCUGGCCGAAGGCAUUCCUGCAAUCCAGCUUCCCUCUGUGGAACCCUUCAAGAUGGACACUCUGGCUCUACAAUUGACCGAAGGACCUCAGGGCUAUAAGAUUACCCUCAAGAACAUGGAGGCCUUUGGAGCCAGCAACUUCCAGGUCAAGUCUCUGAAGCUGAGCGAAGGCAGCGAGCCCUUCAAGGCCAAGAUUGUGAUGCCCAAGCUGAAGAUUGAGGCCAAGUACACCAGUUCGGGUGUCCUUCUGAUCCUGCCGGCUUCCGGAGGCGGAGACUUCCAUGCCGUGUUCGAGGGAGUGAGCGCUGACCUCACCGGAAAGACAUCCGUGCACGCGGCCAAGGGAGGUAACUACCUGCACAUCGAUGGCCUGAGUCUGGUCCUGGAUGUGAAGGAUGUCAAGAUGAGCAUAUCAGGUGCCUUCAACAACAAUCGCAUCCUGCUCGAGGCCACGAAUCUGUUCCUGCGCGAAAACUCGCAAAUCGUCUUGGAGGCCAUGCAGGCCCAGUUGCAGAAGAAAUUGGCCAGCGAGUUCGGAAAACUGGCCAACCAGCUCCUGAAGAACGUUCCUAUCGAGCAAUUCUACGUCGACUAGGCUUAGACCCAUCAGAUGCUAGAGAAUAAGCCUAGUUUAAGGUCUAUUUAAUUGUUUUCGUUAAUACAAGUAUUAAAGUGCUAUGUGGAUAAAAA